AUGGAUCUGUGCUCAUCGAAGGGCUAUAUGGGUACGGGACACAAAGCGCUGUUCGUAUGGCUGUUGCUUUUGCUUGCUCUUGUCUUUCUAGUUGUUUAUUUAGAUGGUGGUCUGGAUGGCGAGCCCUCGAUAUUUUUUGUGAUUUUAGGAUUUUUUGACAUCCUCUUUUUGUCUGCUGCAGUGGUCAGAAUAAUGCGCCACUACCAGAUUUGUGGUAUAGGACGAAGACAAUACGAUAUGAAUGCACCGUAUCAGAUGACAACAUACAUUUAUCCUCUGGAAAAACGAGCUUCUGCUGUCGUAUUUGGUAAUUUUACAAUUUUCAAAAAAGAUUUGCAGCUUUGCGAAGUUUUCUAA